AUGACGAACCUCUCGUCGAAACUCGCCCAGCUUGAGGCUGCAGGGAGACCGAUCCAGGUGGGAAUCAUUGGAGCGGGAAAGUUUGGGUCGAUGUACAUCUCACAAGCACACCGAACGAAAGGCGUACGACUUGCCGGCAUUGCAGAUCUAUCGAUAGAGCGCGCUUUGGCAUCGCUGAAACGCACGGGGUUUCCGGAGGACAAGUUCGACGCUACGGCCACGAUCUCGCUCGAGGAAGGGCUCAAGGUCGGGAAGACGGCCAUUGUCACCGACUCCGAGAAGCUCAUUGCUCAACCUGGCAUAGAUGUCAUUCUUGAGGUUACAGGCAAUCCUGCUGCGGGCGUGAAGCAUGCACUGCUAUGCUGCGAGCAUAAGAAGCACAUUGUCAUGAUCAACGUGGAGGCAGAUGUGCUCGCUGGCCCGUUGCUCACGCGCAAAGCCAAGGAGGCCGGUAUCAUCUAUUCGAUGGCGUAUGGAGACCAGCCUGCUCUGAUCGCCGAAAUGGUCGACUGGGCUCGAGCAGCAGGCUUUGACGUGGUUUGUGCUGGCAAAGGGACAAAGCACCUACCUGAGUACCACUAUUCGACGCCUGACACGGUCUGGUCGCAUUAUGGCUUCACCGAAAAGCAAUUGGCAACGGGUGACUUCAACAAGCAGAUGUUCAACUCGUUCCUCGACGGUACCAAGUCUGCCCUUGAGAUGUCGGCUGUGGCCAAUGGUUGCGACUUGACACCGCCCAGUACCGGUCUAAAGUUUCCACCUUGUGGCACACACGACCUACCUCAGGUGCUCAAGCCUGCUGCGGAAGGGGGCCAGCUCGAGCACUCUGGUACCGUUGAAGUUGUCUCAUGUAUGGAAACGGACGGCCGAUGGGUCUUCAACGAUUUGCGGUGGGGCGUGUACGUUGUGAUUCGAGGUGGGUUGUUUUGCUUCUCUCCAGAUCUUCUCUUCGCUGACCCUGUAGCUCCUGGACAAUAUCAGAAGGAUUGUUUUGCCCAGUAUGGUAUGAAGACCGACAAGUCUGGCUGGUACGCGGCACAAUUCAAGCCAUACCACCUUAUCGGUCUUGAGCUCGGAAUUUCGGUUGCCAAUAUCAUGUGCAGAGGAGAGCCAACAGGACAAUGUCAGACUUUUGCAGCGGACACCGUUGCAACGGCGAAACGCGAUCUAAAGGCUGGGGAGAAGCUCGACGGCGAAGGUGGAUUCAUGGUCUAUGGUAAGCUCAUGCCCGCGGCGGCUUCUCUCGAAAUCGAAGGCUUGCCGAUCGGGCUUGCGCAUGGGCUCGUCCUGAAGAAGGAUGUCAAGAAGGAUCAUGGCCUGAGUUGGCAAGAUGUCGAAUGGAGCGUGAAGACGCAGGCGGUCGCAGUUCGGCGCGAGAUGGAGGAUCUGUACCGCAAGGAAUUCGCUGCGCGGCAAGACGUCACAAUUGCGAAUAGUCACUCGAAUGGCCACUGA